AUGGGGCGUCGCCCAGUGCGUCGCGCCGCUCCACCUAGCGAUGGCGCUGUAGGCGGCGUAGCCGGGAUCCCCUCUCCAUCGUCCUCAGCAGCAGCAGCCUCUGAGGGCAAGGUACCGGCUGCGGCAGCGGGCGAACCGGCGGCGGCGGCGGCGGCGGCGGCGCCUAAAGGAGACACGGGAGGUAAGAAUCCGUUGAUGGGCCUCCUUCACUACGGGUCGGACUCCGAGGAAGAGGAGCCUCCAGCGCAACAGCCGGCAUCGGCAUCGUCCGUCUCCACUCCGGACCCAUCGCCUGCAGAGAGUGUAACGUACACGCUCCCGACCGGCUGGCAGCAGUGCAUGGACAACGCCGGCCUGGUGUACUUCUGGAACACCGAGACCGGCGAUACGUCGUGGGACCCGCCAGAGGGCACGGAGAGAAAGGUUUCGAAGGCGAGCAGCGCUGUUGAUACGCCGUCUGAAGCACCGCCGAUCGUCCCUGAAGCCGUCGCUGAUGCUGCUAGCCGAGAAGCGCCGGCGGGCAGCGAUGCCACGAGCGACACGGCCAGCGAGGCUGAAGAGGACAAAGCGGUGGCGGUAGCAGUAGCAACAGAAGAUGAGGGCGCGAGUCGUGCAAGCACCAAUAGCUCUGGUGUCGCUGCUGCCGCUGCUGCUGCUGUGUCCGAGGUAUGCGUUGAUACCGAGGAGGUAGAGAAAGGCGCAGUUAGCGGCGAGCAAGAAGUCGCGGACAGUGCCAUUCCAAAGCGAUCCCCACGCUCAGCCACGGACCGGCCUGCCGCCCAAGAUCGAAGGAUGGCAGCCGUGGGAGAGGAGCAGAAAGGGGAAGAAGAACUCCCGCAGCAAAGUAAAUCCACGGGCACUGGCAGCUCUGACGUCCCCGUUGCUGCAACGGCGGGCAUCGACGAUCUCCUCGCGGGCAUCGAGGCGGAGCUUUUGCUCGGCGCCGGCGACGGCGAGGGUGACCUUGACGGCGACAAAGACGAGGUAAAGGGCAGCGCAGUCGAAGAGAACGGUGACACAAGGGCAACGGGAGAGGAAGAGGACUUCGCGCCGCUGCAGGAGGUGGCGCCCGGUCUCGACGUGCGGGCGCAAGAGGCUCACGCCGAGCUUGCCGCCUUGCUCGCGGUGGCGGCCGAAGGGAAGGGAGAGGAGGCGGGGUUGUCUGUUGUUGAAGCCACCGACCCGUCGGUGAGGUUGGGCAUCGAGCUUGCCGCUGUGCUUCGUGCUCGCUUAUCAGACUGGAGACAAGGCGAGUGCAUGGAUGGAAUUGAGGCGGCCUUGACGGCACCUUCUUCGUUCUCAAGCUCGAGGAGAUGGCGGUGGAGGCUCGUUCAGCCCUCGGUCCGUCUUCUUGCGCCACAGCACCAGCGGCGACCGGACAGUCUCAAAGUCAGACUCGGCCGGAGCUCGCCGCUUCCGUUGAUGUCAUCACCCCAGGCCGUGAGAGCGGCAAGGAACGCUGAGAAGCUCAAGUGGGCGGACGAAGUAUCUGCGGCGGCGUCUGCUGCAGUCGCCGCCGCAGCCGCACAUGCUCAAGCUAAAAAAGAGCUCGCGAAGGCAGAGUCGGAGGCGAAAGUUGCUGUCAUCGGGACCGUCGAGGAGGGGGUUACCGACUCGGAAGGUUCCAACAGCGACCGGCGCGGAAAACACGCUGCUUCGGGUGACGAUGCUACCAGUGACAAGAGGAAGAAUGCCACGUCAACAGAUACGCUUGCUACCGCGAGGGCAAUCGUAGAAGGCACUAUUGACUUGGGGGGGGUCGGUGACGAUGAUGAUGACGAUGAUGAUAAUGAGGGGAAGGAAGAUGGCGAGGUGACUGUCGUACCCGCUGCGACAGAGGGAGGGGCGGCGACGUCGGGGGCGAAGGAUGAUGCGCCGUCGGUGCCAGCACCGGACACGAGCGAAUCGGGGAUCGUGAUCGCGAAGGACCCUACACUUCCCGAUGUUCCAAGUGGGUGGUCGGCCGUGUUUGACACAACACAUCAAGCCUACUACUACCACAACCUUACCACCGACGAGACCUCUUGGGUGCUACCGGCUACGGUUGCCGAAUCACACCCAGCGGACAGCAAGCCUGAAAAGUCGUCGCCGGAACGGGACGAGCGUCCUCGCGAGAGUAAGAAGUCCAAGGCUGACGAAGGCGACGCUAGCACCGGGGGAGGUGAACGACGGUCUGAAUCGAGUAACCGGUCGCGCCGACGAGGGUCACCGGGAGACGAAGGAGGCAGCGAGCGAGCCGAGGCAUCGGCUGCAAGCAAUUCUGCGGGGAAAAGCGUCGAAACGAAACUCGAAAAACGAUCCUCCAGAAGGAGAGAUGUCGCGUCUGGUGCUGCUUCAUCUGAAGCAUCGCAGGACGAGAAGCCUGCACCGGCGGCGUCGACAGAUGCUGCGGCUAAGGAGGGCGACUCGGCGAGCAUACCAGAAUCCCUCUCGAGGAUCGACAACAGCACCUGGGUACCCGUCUGGGACGACAACCACCAGGCGUUCUACUACCACGAUACCGUCACCGACGAGACUUCGUGGGAUCCUCCCGCUGCCGCGAGUGUUCCCGCCGCCGCCGCCGCCGCCGCCGCCGCCGCCGCCUCGGCCGCCGCUGAUGACUCGACUCUUGCCACGCCUUCUCCUCGGCCUUCGGGCGACAAGAAGCAAAAGCAGCAGAAGAAACGAAAGAGCUCUGCUGCGGUAGAAGCCGCCACACCUGGUGGCGCUCAACAGCGGUCGCCAUCUCCCGAGCCAUCCACUGCCUCUCCCAAUGCCGAGAGCGCGUCGACACCAGCGGGGCAGCGUCGGUCUCCCUCACCGGUGACCGCCGAUGCACCAAAGGCCCACUCCGCCACCGAAGAGGAUGUCGCCACGGCAGCAACGCCGGCGGCCUCUGCUGCCGCGGCUGAAGCUCCCACCACUUCCGUGGUGGACUUGCGGCCGUGCACGCUAGUUUGGUGGUCGGAUGCCGGGGACGUUUGGAACGGCGUGUCGCUGUCGGGUCUUCUUGGCGGGUACGGACCUCGCCGGUACCGGAACCUUGGCGGGGGCUACUACAUGACGACGCUGGAGCGGGGCCCGGAAUGGGCUACGGCGGCAGUGGCAGCGCUCGGCCAAGGUGUGGCUGAUCCCGUCGCGGCCGCGAGGAUGGACUGGGUAAGCUGCACUGCUUCCGCCCCGGGCUACGGCCUAUUCCUGAGGUUUUCGGGCGAAGACGAUGAGCAAAAGUUGUUCGACGUGCCCGACGAGUACUUUGACGACCCUCCCCCAGACCCUGCGGUCGUAGCCGCGGAGGAAGCCGCCGCCGCCGCUGCAGCUGCGCAGGCCGCCGCUCUCGCAGAAGCGGAAGCGGCGAUGGAGAACGCGGAAAUGGACGCGGCGGCGGCGGCGGCGGUGGCGGCGACGGAGGAGGCUGAGGCUGCCGGCAGCAAGGCGGCGGCAGCCGUGCUGACGGCUCCCCCGACGGCAGUUCCUCCUCCCGCACCCAAGUCGACCAAGAAAAGGAAGAGCAAGGGGUCGUCAGCGACCGGAAAAUCCGGAGGGUCUAUAGGGAAGAAGCGCAAAGGUGCUGCGAACUUGAUCGACAAGUGGAAGGCUGUGGCGUCGACUGCCGGCGAGGAGGCCGAGAAGGAGGCAGAGAAACAAGAGAAGAUGGAGCGGUGGAAAGCUCGGGCGGCUGCUAUGGACCCCGAUAACCCCAAUUUCACGCCUAUAGGAAAGAGAAGGAGGUGA